AGAGAUAAUUUUCCUUGGGGUAUAUAUAACAGAGGAUGAGGAAGGAGGAGGAGCUGUUCUGUUCUUUUAUAGAGUCCUCUCUCUCUCUGUCUUCUCAUCUCACUUCCACCGAAAGUUUCAUAGAAAACAGAUCAUUUUCGAAAUUCCCGGUGAGUGAUUGCUCAUCUUCAAUUUAUCUACAGAAAGUGGAACAAUGUUUCAGUUUUCCUUCAAUUAGAGAAAAUCAUCAGAAUUAUCUCGAGAAUUCUGUAUUCUGAAUUCGUGGGUUGAUGUAUUUUGGUUAAAACUUGUUAUGAAUUUUGAAAUUCACUCCGAUGCCGUUUUUUAUGGACAGAUACAAUCGCAAGAAGAUUUUUGCUGAUAUUGAGGUGGAAUUGGCUUUCAGUUCUUCUGCCGAUUUCAAUAGGCGCGUUCUGAUAAAUCCGGAUGAGAUGUGCAAGUCUAUCUGAAGUUCUUCUAGAUCAGAUUCUGUAUUUGCGAAGCUUUGAGUAAUGAAGUUCGGAAAUGUCGCCGUUCUACUGAAGAACCACCGUGAACGGACCCGAGAAAGUGAAGAAAUCGUAAAUCUGUUUGUGAUACCUGUUGUUUCUUAGUCAAUUCCGAUGAGUAAUCAAUCCGAAGAUGAUGGUUCUUUGAUGACAUAGAUUGAGGAACACGGCGCUAGAAGAUUUUGAAAGGAUUUCAUGAUUCUCAUAGUUUCGUCCAAGUUGUAGUUUGGAAUCUGGAAGGAAUAUAAUUUCUCUCGCCUUUUGAAGAUUGGUAGUUUGAGAGGUGUAUAAAGGAGGUAGAUGGAGAAGAAUUACAGAGAUGGAUUGCUGCUGAGGUCAGCGAAUUGUCACCGUGACGAGGACAGGUCGGGGACUAAUACGACGUCGUCAGACUUCGUUUUGCAGUGGGGAAAUCGGAAGCGGUUACGAUGCAUGAAGGCCCACAAUAAGAAUCCUGGCAUCGCGCGAGCAGAUCACAGCUGUUGCAGUGAACCGUCUAGUUCGGCCCCGGCUCAGAGAGCUAGCGGUCUACCGGAUCGCCGGGUUGGUAGAUCCGACCCGAUUAAGGAUUCCUCGCACCGUCAGCUACACGGCUAUUUGAACCUGCGCCAACUUCCGGGGUCGAAAGCUCAUCGUAUUCUCAGGAAUCUCAGGAAUUCAGAGAGUUCAAUCGCAGCAAUGAGAGAAAGGAGCAACGGGUUGAGGAAUUCGGCCUCUCCUCCCGAUAGGGGUGCACAUAACCAUGCCAGGCCCAGCCCAAAUAAUGACAACCACCACGGCGGCGGAGGUGGGUCCGUGUCGUCGGAGACUGCUCAUGAGAGCAAGAAGGGACCGUCCUCCUCCUGCAGUGACACGGUUCCGAUGAUUUGGCCGCCGAAGUUUGUGAUUGCACUUACCAAUAAGGAGAAGGAAGAGGAUUUUAUGGCCAUCAAAGGAUCUAAACUUCCUCAGCGUCCCAAAAAACGUGCCAAGCUUAUCCAGCGUACUCUCAACUUGAUCAGCCCGGGGUCAUGGCUGUGUGAUCUAUCACUCGAACGAUACGAAGUAAGAGAGAAAAAGGUGUCAAAGAAGAGGCCAAGGGGUUUGAAGGCAAUGGGUAACAGAGAUUCCGACUCCGAGUAAGGAAAAGCUAUAUAAAAAAGAAGGCUGUGAAUCGCAGCACCACCACAAUGUUAGCUGAAUUAAGUAUGCUGUAAUUCAUGGGUUUUAACCUCGAGGAAAAAUGGAUGAUUUUGAUAAGAAGAUUUAUUUCCCUUCUUUUAACUUUUCCCUUUUCUCUUGCACUGGCAAUUAAAUAAAUUCAAAACAUCUUUUAGGCAGUACGGAGUAGUUGACAAGAAAGUUAGCCUCGGUCAUAAGAUUACUGCAUUUUGAAUUUUGUUUACAAAGGAAACAA